UUGGGUUAGACUCCACACCACAAGGCAGCUUGGAGCUGUAGAAGAUCACGAUUGCAACUUGUGAGAGAUCCACAAAUGGCGUGGCUUGCGAGAUCCAUAGCCAGCUCUCUCAAGCUCGAUGAGGAUGAAGACGAUGAUCAACGACGGACUAAGGCUUUCUCUGGUGAAGAGUCGCCGUCGCAGUCUCCCCGAGGUGUUAAGGAGGACCUCUCUGAGCUCACCAAGACUCUGAGGAGCCAGUUCUGGGGAGUGGCUUCUUUCCUAGCGCCUACGCCUGCUUCUUCGGAUCAUCCUGAGAAAAGUCAGACGGCGGAUCACGCGGAGGAGAAUCGGACUUCCUCGGAUCACGAGGAAGGAGAAGAGGAUCUGAUUGCUGGGAUCAGGAGCGAUUUCGCGGAGAUCGGCGGGAGAUUCAAGACGGGGAUCUCGAAGAUAUCCGGAAACAUUGCGGUGUCGGAGUUCACAAAGAUCGCUUCGAAUUUCCUGCAGUUGGGAUCGGACGAGGCGAAUACGGUGUAUAGCGUUGGAGACGUUGUAGGUGUGACCGAGGAAGUGAUCGCCUUCGCGAGGGAUAUAGCGAUGCAUCCUGAGACAUGGCUGGAUUUCCCCUUGCCUGAUGAGGAUGAUGACUUUGACGGCUUUGAAAUGAGCGAUGCUCAACAAGAGCAUGCUCUGGCUGUGGAAAGGCUUGCACCGGCACUCUCAUCGUUGAGGAUUGAACUCUGCCCGGCUUACGUCACCGAAGGUUGCUUCUGGAGGAUAUACUUUGUUCUUCUCCAUCCUAAACUUAGCAAACAUGAUGCGUUACUUCUGUCAACUCCACAGGUGCUCGAAGCAAGAGCCCUUUUAUCCGACGAAUUGCAGAAAAGUUCAGGAUCUACUGUCACAGAAGCUCCAGUGGAUAUGGAACCUCUUUCUGUGCUCUCUUCUAAUCCUGCAUCUGAGCCACAAAUCCCCCCCACAACAAUUACUGCAGAAACAACCCAUUCUAUGGAAUCACCCGAGUUCGAGACAGAGAAGCACCCUGACCCAGUUGUGGACAAGUCGGUCAUAGAGGAAAGACCAGUCCACCACCAUGACAAGCCAACCAACCCACCAACUGCUUCAUCUCAGAUUGAAGACGUCCAAGUUGAGGACGACACAGAUGAUUGGCUCAAAGAUGAAGACAAUUCUGGAACCACAAUGCCACUUGGCAAUGAUGAAGAUGUAUCAUUCAGUGAUUUAGAAGAAGACGAUGACGACGAAGGAGAAGUGUCCGUCGGAAGUUACAAGAAAGUCGCAUCACCCGAAUGGGUUCAGCUCAAAGAUGUAAAAGCUGUGGCUGAGAAAGGAGCCGGCCAAGGAAGUGAGAACAAGGAAUCAAAUGACUGGCUCGAUGUCCAUGACAUUGAUGUAUUAUGACCUGCCCUCUCCUUUCACUGUAUGCGAGAGAUAUGCUUGUCCGAUUUCCUUAGGCAUUUCUGAAAUCCAUCUUUCCGUUGUAAUCUGUAUAGUUUGGAUAAGAAACGAAAGAAAGGCAAAGGAAUGUCUUAUAUGA